CACGGUGUUUAAUCCAAAACAUGAAGCAGUUCAAUGGCACGUACGGCUGUCCGUGGUGUUUACACAAAGGUGUCAGGAUUGAAAAAGGCAGGGGCUCUGUCAAUGCGUACCAUUAUGAAUCUUCACCGUCACCCUUACGCUCAGCAGUACAGACUGUGAGAGAUUGCACGGAGGCAGUAGAAAAUGAUGCACCUGUUCACGGUAUUAAGGGGCCAUCAGAACUUAUGUUGAUGCAGUUAUUUGACUGUGUAAUGGGAUACUGCAUUGAUUAUUUGCACUGUGUUCUUUUAGGAGUUACAAGAUGCUUUGUUGGCCUCUGGUUUGACAGCAGACAUCAUGUACAAACCUACUAUAUCGGUAGACAGGUGAAUACUGUGGAUGAGAAACUGCUCAGCAUUAAACCACCAAACGCUAUUACACGUGCUCCUCGAUCAAUUGCGAAAACAAGAGCUCACUGGAAAGGAUCAGAGUAUAUGAACUGGCUGUUGUACUACAGUCAACCCUGUCUUACAGGGGUUUUGCCUAGGGAGUAUCUGCUACAUUGGGUACUUAUUGUGCAUUCUAUGCCUAUCCUGUUAUCAAAGAGCAUUUCACCUGAAGACUUGCAGAAUGCCACUAUCAGGAUCCACAAAUUUGUUCUCUUUACAGAGGUGUUGUAUGGAAGGGAGAACAUGACAUUUAAUAUACAUCAGCUAAUUCAUAUACCUGACUGUGUAAAGAACUGGGGCCUCUCUGGCGAUAUUCAACAUUUUUGUUUGAAUCAAACAAUGGAUUGCUGUUAAAGUUUGCACACGAAACUCAAGGUGUUCCGUUACAGAUUGUAAAUACAUUCACUGUGUU